AAAGCGAACGUUAUAUGAUUAGAGAGAAAGAAAGUUUUCUUGCUAUUUCGCGAAAGACCGUCGUGUUGUAAUGGCGAAUGUGCUAACACGCACUAUGACUAUGGCACCCAGUGUCGCCCCUUUUGUUCGCCAUAGUCAGUUCCUGCAUUAUUCUCUUUACAGUUAAAUUACACACGUUGCUUUAUACACUUAUUAUUGUUUUUUUAAAAUAAGUCAUUUCCAAUACACUUGACCAGAUUGAGAGAUAUACAGGAGGGGAAGCGAGCUGAAUGUGCGUUUCUUUGUGAUUAUCCUGGGCCGGAAGUGGCGACUGAGUGGAGCUUGUGUUGUGCUUGUGACAAGCGCCUGGAGUAUAGAGGCAGCAGGUUCCAGUUAAAAUGCAAGAAAAACACUUUCUCAUCCCUACUAGUUACUGGCUCACCGAGAGAAGUCAACAGAAUGUUUGUGUUCCUGCAAUGCAAGGCUGAACACAGAUGUAAGCUGAAAUACCGUGCACCAACAGCAUGGGGCUGGACUUUGAUGUGAAAACGUUCUGCCACAACUUGCGUGCCACCAAGCCACCGUACGAAUGCCCGGUCGAGACGUGCCGCAAGGUCUACAAGAGCUACAGCGGGAUCGAGUACCACCUGUACCACUAUGACCAUGACAACCCGCCUUCUGCUCAAGGAACGCCGCAGAAGAAGCGCAAGGGUCGCCCAGCUCGUUCCUCACUCCCCGCCUCAGGAGAUGGCUCUGAACUCGGGAACGCCCACACCGCGCCUGGGCAAGGCGGCAUGCCGGGUAGCCCAGCAGAUAACUCUGACCACUCACAUUCUCCUGGGAGAGACACGAUGACCUAUGCCCAGGCUCAGCGCAUGGUGGAGCUGGAGAUCCAUGGCAAAGUGCACCGCCUCAGCAUCUUCGAGGACCUCGAUGUGGUGUCUGAGGAGGACAGCGAGGCUGAUGAUGGAGUAGGCGGGUCCACGACCUGCAAUGGUGAGAACGGGGUCAGUGAAGGCGGGACCAAUGGAAAGGACAGACCUGACACCCCUGCGGCAGCCAAUGGGGGUAAAGGAGCGGGGUCAACACCCAAAGCGGGCAAGCACAAGAGCAAAGAAAAGAAGAAGGAUGGCAUGCAUCAUCAUGGAAAUCCACCAGGGCCAGCUGUCAAGCUACCCGAGGCUGUGUUUCGAGAGCUGGAUCAAGACAGGCCUGAUGCACCACCAAGACCAACAUCUUAUUACAGGUACAUAGAUAAAUCAGUGGAGGAGUUAGACGAGGAGGUGGAGUACGACAUCGAUGAAGAAGACUACAUCUGGCUGGACAUUAUGAAUGACAAACGGCGUAGUGACGGAGUGACACCGAUCCCUCAGGAGGUGUUUGAAUACCUGAUGGAUCGGUUAGAAAAGGAGUCCUACUUUGAGAGCCACAACAAGGGCGAGCCGAAUGCAUUGAUUGAUGAGGAUGCCGUGUGCUGCAUUUGCAAUGAUGGCGAGUGCCAGAACAGCAACGUUAUCCUGUUCUGCGACAUGUGUAACCUGGCCGUGCACCAGGAGUGCUACGGAGUGCCUUAUAUCCCAGAAGGUCAGUGGCUUUGCCGUCGCUGCCUGCAGUCGCCCUCCCGUGCCGUCGACUGUGCUCUGUGCCCGAACAAGGGCGGAGCCUUCAAGCAGACCGAUGAUGCUCGCUGGGCGCACGUUGUGUGUGCAUUGUGGAUACCCGAGGUGUGCUUUGCCAACACGGUCUUCCUGGAGCCGAUCGACAGCAUCGAGCACAUCCCGGCGGCACGUUGGAAGCUGACGUGCUACAUAUGUAAGCAGCGUGGAGCUGGCGCAUGUAUCCAGUGUCACAAGGCCAACUGUUAUACAGCGUUCCAUGUGACGUGUGCGCAGCAAGCCGGACUCUACAUGAAGAUGGAGCCUGUGCGCGAGACUGGUGCCAACGGCACCUCGUUCAGCGUGCGCAAGACGGCUUACUGUGACGUUCACACACCACCUGGCACAGCCCGUCCUCUGGGGGGUGGAACCGGGAGUGGCUCUUCUCUCAGCGAAGCAGAGGAUGAAGAUGAGGAGGAUGGCGGUGGAGUCGGAGAAGAGCGAGCCAAAAGGGCAAAGGCCAAAUCAAGGCGGAAGCUAAAAAGGGCAAGGAAGAUCCUAGCAGAGAAGAGGGCGGCUGCACCCGUGGUGUCUGUGCCAUGCAUACCACCACACAGGCUGAGCAAGAUCACGGCCAACCUGACAGUACCCAGGAAGAGUCAGUUCAUGCAGAGGCUGCAUGCCUAUUGGACCCUAAAGAGACAGAGUCGCAACGGCGUCCCUCUGCUGCGUCGCCUUCAGACACACCUCCAGUCCCAACGCAAUGUCGAGCCUGUUUCUUCUAUAACCACGAAAGAUGGUGAGGAGAAGCAUACAGCGCUGAAAGAACAGCUGAAAGCAUGGCAGAGACUCAGGCAUGACCUGGAGAGAGCCAGACUUCUGGUAGAGCUCAUCCGCAAGAGAGAGAAACUCAAAAGGGAGGCGCUUAAGGUUCAGCAGUUAGCCUUAGAGAUGCAGCUGACGCCAUUCUUGGCGUUGUUGAGGAGUACACUGGAACAGCUGCAAGAGCGAGACACCAGCAAUUUCUUCACUGAGCCUGUGCCACUGAAUGAGGUCCCCGACUACCUGGAUCACAUUGAGCGGCCCAUGGAUUUCCAGACCAUGUGGACGAGUCUGGAGUCUCAUCUCUAUCUUAGCUUUGAUACAUUUGAGGCCGACUUCCUGCUCAUCGUCAACAACUGCCUCAAAUACAAUGCCAAGGACACCGUGUUCUACCGAGCAGCGCUGAGGCUGCGGGAAGCAGGCAAUGGCAUCCUGCGACAGGCUCGGAGACAGGCCGAGCGAAUCGGUUACGACUUUGACACGGGCAUGCACCUGCCCCGAGAGCCUAGCCCUGAAUCCCCACGUGAGAAAGAGAGGGAGAGGGAACGAGAAAGGCAGCAAGAGAAGGAAAGAGAGAGAGAACAGGAUCGAGAAAGUGAGAGGUCCCCUUCUGUUAAUGAAGAUGACCUGCGCCGAUUGCCACUGGAAGAGCAGUUACGGGUCUUGCAGGCACGUUUUGAUGAUGUCAGUUCAGGGAAGCACAGCAUCGGUCGCUCACGUCGUGCCAAAGCUCUGAAGAAGGAGAUGACGGUCAUUAAGCGCAAGCUAGCACAUCAGCGGGAUGGUGGGUCAAGUGGGGGCAACCGAGAAUCAGGAGCAUCUGGAGAGCGUGGCUCUAACCUUGCACACCAUGCUUCAGGAGCUACGUGUCAUGACGAAGGAGGGGAGAGCAGUAGCCAGGAGAUCGGCGGAAAAGAUAUCACCGCUACUGCCUCGACACUGGCGUCUGAAGUGGGCCGCCGAACCUCGAUCCUCUUUUCCAAAAAGAACCCAAAGGCCACAGGACCGCCAAAGCGUCCGGGCCGCCCCCCUAAAAGACGUGACGCGUUACACAACUCUGGAGCAAUGAGCUCCAGUCCCAUAGGACCUCCACAGCUCCCUCUGAUGACCACGUCACGGCAGCGCAAGAGACCGCGAAGCCCUCGCUCCAGUUCCAGCUCAGAGAGUGAAAGUGACAAUGACCACGUGGGCCUCGGUUUGCCUAGCAAUGGUUUCGAUGGAGGUAGUAAACCUGUGACUGAGAGUUUCCUGGUAUAUAGGAAUGAGCCACGGUAUCCCCGCUCCAGCUCUGAUUCAGAGUCUACAACCAGCAGCAGCAGCAGUGCUGCCUCGGACAGAACAAGCACCACUCCUUCAAAGCAGGGCCGUGGGAAGACUUCAUUCUCACGCUCGACAUUUCAGGAGGAUAGCAGCGAGGAAACCUCUGGAACGGAGAACGACUCCUAUUCAGUAGGAGGGACCAGAGGAGUUUCACACUUGGUACGAAGCCGAAGUAGGUCAAGUUGCUGGAUGGGCUCAACGGACUACACCACCCUAGAUGCCCUCGAUCUCGUAUGGGCAAAGUGUCGAGGAUAUCCGUCUUAUCCAGCUCUGAUUAUUGAUCCCAAAAUGCCGAGAGAGGGCAUGUUCCAUAGAGGUGUGCCGAUCCCUGUACCCCCUCUGGAGGUGCUCAAGCUGGGGGAACAGAUGACCCAGGAAGCACGGGAGCAUCUAUUCCUAGUGCUGUUCUUUGAUAACAAGAGGACUUGGCAGUGGCUGCCGCGCUCAAAGCUUGUACCUCUGGGUGUGGAUCAGGAACUGGAUAAAGAGAAGAUGCUGGAAGGCAGGAAGUCCAACAUCAGGAAGUCGGUGCAGGUGGCGUAUCAUCGCGCCAUGCAGCACCGCAACAAAGUGCAGGGUGAUCCCAGCAGCGACACGAGCGAUAGUGACUGAAACACAGACACUUAAGCAUACACACACAAUGGUGAGAAAUCAGGCAUGAACUCCUGAAUGAUUUACGAUUUACACGAACGUGACGUGCAUCACUGAUGCAUACACAGAUGGUAUGUGUACCUAGGUUUACGUUGAUGGGUGUCCUAGAUACACAUACACAUAUACACACACACACAAAAAAAAAAAAAGACACACACAACACAAUAAUCCAUCUCUCUGGUGCUAAAUAACUUCGGGCAUGGUGUUCGGUGUGUAUUGUGUAUUGUCAAGUCUCUAGUCUGUUUGUGUUUAAAUAUAUAAACUGGUAGAUUUCAUAGAGCCUCUUUUCCAUGCCAGAAAAAAAAAAAGUGAACAGAAACGCACCCGUACACCUCACCUCACACUACACUGUAUAGUCUAAAUUAGCGAACAUGUCUAGACAUAGACAGUUUAAUCAUGGAAGUACAAGUUACCGAGAUCAUGAGUCUCACAAGUCUCCAGUGUGUGUGUUUGUAUCAGCGUGUACCAACACAACCUACAAACAGCACGUUUUAUUUUAUGGUGCACACUGUGAAAGAAGCUAAUCAGGAGUUCACAACAAAAGCGAAUUCAAGUGAAACCAACCAAUGCAGAUGAAUAUGCGAUAUAUGUGGGAACUACGUCUGUGAAUCCAAAUGAGACCGAGAGAGAAAGAAGGAAAGUGUGUUCAUGCAUGUACAAACCCGUGUGAACGUCUUGUAGAUUGCAAGCAAGAAAUACCGUCUGCAUUGCAUGUGUGUGUGUGUGGGGGGGGAUGGUGAGUGUGAGACAAAGUAUGAGCGAAUGAUUGUGGAUAAAAAUGAGAUGUAAGUAAAUGCACAGUGUGCUGUCCUCACUUUAAAACAGAAGACGCAACUAAUUCCAGACUGAAGAAUUAUCGUUUAUUUAUUUAAUCACACAAUCAAUCCCCAUCCUUAUGGGCACUCGUACCCACUACAACACAAAUACACUUACACGUCUUGUGUCACGGUGUACCUGUCGUUGUCGUCGUUGUUGUUGUUCAUUCUGUUUUGUACUUUUCUUGUGCUGGGUAUUGUGUAUUGAAAAGGACUCAAUGGUGUGCUCUCUUUUCUGGUUACAUGCCAAUCCUGUCACUGUAGAACUUUUAUAUAUUAAAAGAAAACUUAAAAUAGAAUUUAAUUAAAAAAUUGAGUUUUUUA